AUGGAUUUUGAAACGAGAGCUUUGAUUCAAUUGUGUCUUUCGUCAAAAUCAAUACCCAGAACAAGGUCUGCUGGAUCCAUAGGUGCGCGUUCAGCGCCUAGCACCCCUCUUCAAGCAAAUGUAGGAUCUGGACCUGGACAACAAAGUCCAUCAGACAAACAGCAUUCGAUUAGCGGAUUGCAAUUGACUGUUGGAUCAGCAACGACUCAUUUACCUCCUAAAAGUCCAAGUCACGUUAGUUUACAAAAAUGCAACGACAGCCAAUUAUCAAAGCCCCUCAGCAGAAGUACACCAUCAAUGACAGUUGGCAGUGGUUCACAGACACCAUCUACUGUCAGCAGAUCAUCCACAAGAUCAUCACCCACAUCAACCAGUAGUGCAAGACAAAAAAAAUUCCAUAGGCACUUUACACAAUCUUCAAAAUUUCACGAUCAGGUUGGACCAGAUGAACGAGUAAUAAACUACUACAGCUGUGCAUUAGUCGCAGAUAUUCUUCUACAAGGACAUCUUUAUAUCACAUCAAAUUAUUUUGCUUUCCAUAGCAACGUAUUUGGUUAUGUUACAAAACUUCUCAUACCCACUACCUCGGUGCUCAAAAUAAGCAAGGAAAAGACUGCUCGUAUAAUUCCAAAUGCAAUAGCUAUUGUAACUGAAGAUGAGAGACAUGUUUUUUGCUCUCUGUUAUCACGUGAUUCAACGUUUAAACUGAUGAAACAGGUUUGGGAUGUGGCGUUGGAAGGUAGACAACCAGUUGACGAUUUACCUUUGCCUGUUGAUGUUAAAUUAUUAACUCCGGAUUCAUUGCUGGUUGAUGAUUCUGAAAUUAAUGUUGAAGAAGAUGAUUCCAGUAUGUCUGAAAGCGGUACUGACUUAACGUCUAGACCACCAACUGUUUGUACUGAUACUGAUGGUAUGUCUCCUAUUACUCCACGACCAAUUUUAACGCCACCAAGAUUGGAACUCACAACGCCCAAAAGUGUAUCAACAGCAAAAGUAGGAAUUAUAAGAUCUCUAUUAAAGUAUCAAUUAAGAUCACGUACCGUUAUCACUAUUUUAGUAGCACUUUUGGCAGCUCUCUACGUAUCAGCAGCUUUAAUGAUGGUUAGAAUUGAUAAAUUGCAUACAGCAUACCUCAAUCAUCCGCUUGCAUCCCCAGAAAGAUUUACGCAAGAUCGAUUAUUACAUUAUCUCAAUACUAAUCUCGAUCAAAUUAUUAAGGUUCGGCAAAGCUUGCAGACGCUUUCCCAACAGUUUGUCACAAUGAAUCAAGACAAUGGCAGUCAUGAUACUGUACAUGGGAGUGAAAAAAUAGAACCAGAAGAUGCGCCAAGUUAG